CGUUAAAUACCGAGGGAACGCCUCCCUCGAGCUCUCCUCGUCUUUCUCCAGUACCUACUUGGCUAGGCUGCUUCGUCACCAAAGGGCUCGGAUAGCAGCUAUUCAGCUCCUAGCUCAAUCACCAUGGUGGCCGGUCUCCUUACAAAGGGGCUUUUGCUCCUCCAGCUUGGAUCUGGGGUGCUGGCAGCGCAGAAUGCCUCCAGGCCGCUCUACAAGAACCCCAAUGCGCCGGUGGAGGCGCGAGUUUCUGAUCUGCUGGGUCGGAUGACUCUCCAGGAUAAGAUGGCCCAAUUGAUACAGGGAGAUAUCAGCAACUGGAUGGACACUACGACCGGAGCAUUCAACUACACAGGUCUGGUGGAGAACAUGGACAUGAAGGCGGGAAUGUUCUAUGUGGGAUAUGCUGUCCCCUGGGACUGGCUUGCGACCAACAUCAAGAGAGCACAAGACUAUCUUCUUCAGAACACAACUCUUGGUAUCCCAGCGCUUGUUCAGACGGAGGGUAUCCAUGGCUUCCUGCUCGAGAAUGCGACCAUCUAUAACUCCCCGAUUGGAUACGCAUGCUCUUUCAAUAAAGAGCUGGUCGAGAAAAUGGGCAAACUCAUUGCGCAGGAAGCUCGUGCUAUCGGUGUCACCCAACUGUUUGCGCCGCUAGCUGAUCUGGCCCGCGAGCUCCGAUAUGGUCGGGUUGAGGAAACGUUCUCGGAGGAUUCAUACCUCGCUGGUGAAAUGGCCUAUAGCUACAUCACGGGCCUGCAGAGUCUCAACGUGUCUGCUACCGUCAAACACUUUGUGGGAUAUAGUCUGCCCGAGCAGGGAUUGAACACUGCGCCCGUCCAAGGAGGAGAGAGAUAUCUGCGCUCUACCUGGCUGCCGUCCUUCAAGAGAGCCAUCGUGGAUGCCGGCGCAUGGAGCAUCAUGAGUGCCUACCACGCAUACGAUGGCAUCCCUGCCGUAGCCGACUGGUACACUCUGACAAAGAUCCUCAGAGAAGAAUGGGGCUACAAAUACUGGGUCUUCAGUGAUUCUGGUGCCACCGACAGACUGUGCACAGCUUUCAAGCUCUGCAGAAGCUCUCCCAUCGACAUGGAGGCCGUGACUAUGAUGGCACUACCCGCUGGAAACGACGUUGAGAUGGGUGGAGGUUCAUAUAACUUCCAGAAGAUCCCCGAGCUCGUAGAGUCAGGCCAGCUGGACAUCGAUAUCGUCAACACCGCCGUCUCUAGAGUGCUGCGGGCCAAGUUCGAGAUGGGUCUCUUCGAGAACCCGUACCCUGCUGCGCCUCAAUCACAAUGGAACAACCUGAUCCAUACCCCGGAGGCAAUCGAGCUCGCGCGAACCCUGGACAAGGAAUCCAUCGUGUUGCUGGAGAACCACAACACCACCCUUCCGCUGAAGAAGAGCGGCAACAUUGCCGUGAUUGGACCGAUGGCGCAUGGAUACAUGAACUACGGCGACUACGUUAUCUACGGAAGCCAAUGGCGCGGUGUCACUCCUCUCGACGGCAUCAAGGCAGCCGUCGGCGACUCCGCCACCAUCAACUACGCCCAAGGCUGCGAGCGGUGGAGCAACGACGAAUCCGGCUUCGAUGAAGCCAUUGCUGCAGCGAAGAAAUCCGAUGUCGCCAUCGUAGUGGUAGGCACCUGGUCUCGGGACCAGACCGAACUCUGGGAGAACUACAACGCCACAACCGGCGAACACGUCGACCUCGACGACCUCUCCCUCGUGGGCGCCCAAGGCCCCCUCAUCCGCGCCAUCCGCGACACCGGCGUCCCCACCAUCGUAGUCCUAUCCAGCGGCAAGCCCCUAACGGACGUAACUUGGAUCGCGAACAGCACCUCCGCCCUCCUCCAACACUUCUACCCCUCCGAACAAGGCGGGAACGCACUCGCGGACGUCCUCUUCGGCGACUACAACCCGUCGGGCAAACUCUCCGUCUCCUUCCCGCAUUUCGUCGGCGACCUGCCCAUCUACUACGACUACCUGAACUCCGCCCGCAACAUCGGCGACGCCGGCCACGCCUACGCCAACGGCACCCUCGACUUCGGCCACCAAUACGUCCUCGGCGACCCGCACGCCGUGUACGCCUUCGGCUACGGAAAAAGCUACUCCACCUUCGAAUACUCGAACCUCCAACUCAGCAAGACUAACGUGACCGUCGCAGACACCGUGACUGUUAGCGUGGACGUCAAGAAUCUGGAUGAGACUCGCGAGGCCACUGAGGUGGUGCAGGUGUAUGUGGUGGAUGAGAUUGCGUCGGUGGUGGUGGCGAAUCGGUUGCUGAAGGGGUUCGAGAAGGUGGUUAUUCCCGCGGGGGAGACGACGAAUGUCAAGGUAGAUAUUAAGGUUGAGGAUUUGGGUCUUUGGAAUGUGUCCAUAAAGUAUGUGGUGGAGAAGGGCGCGUUUGGGGUACUGGUGGGUAGUAGUUCGUUGGAUAUUAGGGGGAGUGCGGUGUUUUAUGUUGAGUAGGUUGAUGUUUAGGUGGAAGGGUACUUGAUGGAGGAUAAGGAUAUGCAUAAUUCUGACAGAUAAUGUCCAGUUUAGUUCAAUUCAGUUCGUGUGCUUGCUUUCGUAGAGUAACAACAUAAAAAUCGAAUAA